AUGGGUUCUCAUUCAUUUCAGUCUCCGCCAAUCGUGAAGGCCGAGGGACUUCCGUACUUCACCCCCGCCAAUAAUGCAGGAGGAGCCAUCAACCCUGAAGAUCCUAACACCCCGACAUUGUUCCGCCCACUGCGCAUUCGAGAUGUCACACUUAAGAAUCGCGUGAUUGUUGCACCUAUGUGUACCUAUUCUGCCGAUUCAGACCCAUCUUCACCUGCUGUCGGCGCUCUGACCGACUUCCAUGUUGCUCAUCUUGGUCAUUUCGCUGUUAAGGGUGUCGGCUUGAUCAUUAUCGAAGCCACGGCGGUGCAAGCCAAUGGUCGUAUCUCGCCCAAUGACUCUGGCCUCUGGCAGGAAGGCACUGACUCUGAGCAAUUCAAGGGACUUCGCCGUGUGGUGGAUUUUGCUCAUAGCCAAGGUGCCAAAGUUGGCAUCCAGCUGGCUCAUGCCGGCCGCAAAGCGAGCACUGUCUCUCCUUGGUUAGCAGCCCAAUCUAAGCAGCGCGGAAUCAAAGCCGACGAAAGCGUCGGCGGCUGGCCGUCUAAUGUGGUUGGCCCCUCGGGUGGUGAGGAGCACAUCUGGGCGCCCGGUGAUCAAUUCUGGGCCCCUCGUGAGAUGUCAACGGUGGAAGUCGAGGAGCUUAUUCAAGCAUUUGCUCGCAGUGCCAAACUUGCUGCUGAAGCCGGUGUCGAUGUAAUUGAAAUUCAUGGUGCGCAUGGUUACCUCAUUCACCAAUUCCUGAGCCCCGUUACCAAUCGACGAACCGACAAGUAUGGAGGCAGCUUUGAGAACCGUACCCGACUUGUUGCUGAGGUGGCCACCGCUGUUCGUGCUGUGAUUCCUGUUGGUAUGCCGUUGCUGCUCCGCAUCAGUGCCACAGACUGGUUGGAGAAGGCGCAUGUUUCUACAGAGACCGGAAGUUGGGACAUGCCCUCAUCAAUUAAGCUAGCCAAAAUGCUGCCCGAUCUGGGGAUUGACUUCUUGGAUGUGAGCUCCGGUGGAAAUCAUAAGGAUCAACGCAUUGAACCGCAUUCGAACUACCAGAUUGAUCUGGCCGGCGAAAUCCGUCGGGAAAUUCGUGCUGCUAAUCAAAAGACCUUGAUUGGAGCCGUUGGUUUCAUUACUGAAGCAGAGUCAGCCAGCAAAAUCGUUCAGGGUGCGGAAGAUGAAGCGCAGGCAAACGAACAACUGUUGUCCGGUCAAAAUCCUAGAGCUGAUGCUGUAUUAAUGGCCCGUCAAUUUUUGCGAGAGCCCGAAUGGGUACUGACUGCAGCCAAGAAGCUGGGUGUGAAAGUAUUGCUCCCAUGGCAAUUUGCGCGGGGAUUGCUCUGA